GACACUUUUGCCGCAAUGCACGUUUGUGCAGUCAUUGAAAUUAAUCGCCUCGAGAGGCACUAUGGUCUUCUGCACAAUUCAUCAACCAGGUAUGACGCUAUACAAUAUAUUCAGCCAUGUGAUAUUGAUGGCCGAUGGUAGAUCCGUAUACUUCGGGACUCUGAGGAACGCCACGGAUUUUUCUGAGAACCAGGAUUAUCGGUGCCCUACAAACUACGACGAGUCCGAAUAUUACGUAAAUAUUCUGUCAUGCCGAGCGUUUUCACGAUCACCACUGUCAAAGAUUCCCCCGAUCGAAAACGUCUCGGUUUUCCACGCUAGUCGAAAGUAUUGAAACAAAAUAGCAGCAAAAUUUCUCAAAUAAAUUU